UUUUCAAUCUUUUAACAUUGCUUAUUCAAUCCUCAAUCUAUUUCCAUUUUUAAAAAAAAGUUGAAAAGAGCAUAAAAGAAAAAAAAACCUUGAAAAAUGAUGAUGGUUGCUUGUUACCAUCCAAAAUCUUGCCUUGAAUCAAACUCUACAUUGACACCAAAUCUUGAUAUCUUAUUAUUGCAUUAAGUUUUUUCAAAGAAACUCUUUUUGGGAUUUGUUUCUUGGGUGUAAAUCCUUGUCCCCAAUAAAGAAAACACAAUGACUGAAGUGCUCCAAUCAUCUUCAUCUCACUUCUCUUCAUCUUCAAGCCCCACUUCCACACAACAUGGCCUUAUUAACACCUCAAUGAGCAUUACAGCCCAAGGAAGUGAUCAAGGAGAAGAGAACAGGCAAGUGGGAGAAAGGAGAGGAAGGGAUAAAGGAGGUGAACAGCAGCUGCCUUUGGUAACGAUUUUGGUGACUGCUUUUAGGAAGUCUGUGAUUGGUUGUAGCAUUUCUGGAAGUAAAGAGCUUUGUGCAAUGGAAAUUGGGUUGCCCACCAAUGUUAAGCAUGUUGCUCAUGUGACUUUUGAUAGGUUCCAUGGUUUUCUUGGUUUGCCGGUUGAGUUUGAACCUGAGGUCCCCAGGAAAGCCCCUAGUGCUAGUGCGAAUGUGUUCGGUGUUUCGACAGAGUCUAUGCAGCUUUCGUUCGAUUGUAGAGGAAAUAGUGUGCCAACAAUCCUACUAUUGAUGCAAAGGCAUUUAUAUGACAAAGGUGGCCUCCAGGCCGAAGGGAUUUUCCGAAUUAAUGCCGAGAACAGUCAGGAGGAGUAUGUUAGAGAACAACUAAAUAGAGGAGUAAUACCAGAUGGAAUAGAUGUGCAUUGCUUGGCAGGUCUUAUAAAGGCUUGGUUUAGGGAACUUCCUAGUGGUGUCUUGGACUCUCUUCCUCCAGAACUGGUAAUAAAAUCACAGUCCGAGGAAGAGUGUGCUCGGCUUGUAAGGCUUCUUCCUCCGACAGAAGCUGCUCUACUCGAUUGGACAAUAAAUUUGAUGGCCGAUGUCGUGGAACUGGAACAUCUAAACAAGAUGAAUGCACGUAAUGUCGCCAUGGUGUUUGCUCCAAACAUGACACAAUUGUCGGAUCCUUUAACUGCAUUGAUGCAUGCGGUCCAAGUGAUGAAUUUUCUCAAGACACUUAUUAUUAGGACUCUAAAAGCAAGACAAGAUUCUAUGGUAGACUCUACUUCCAAUUUUCCGUUAGAGCCUUCCGAUAAGAAUGGACCGCAAAGCUCUUCACAACUAUGCAACGAUGUCAAUAAUGAGGUUAAAAACGAAGGUGAAGGAGAGAAAUCAUUUGUUCCAACUACAGAAAGAAACUCUCAAAGUUUAGCUUCGAUAGAGAACAUUAGUGCUGGAAAUCGAUCUCUAGUUGAUAACCGCCCUUGCAUUAUGGUUUCCCGAGAAGGUAGUCUCCGGAGUUCAUCUGAAAGCGUAAAGAAAGGAUCGAAGAAGGCGAAUGAACGGUCCAUGGCGGAUCUUGAAUCAGGACUCGAAGAGAAGAGCAAGGGAACACGGAUUGUCAACCUCGUAAAUUCGAGAGCUGAGCUUUGCGAAGCUUGGAGGUGAAUGGCCUAAAUGCUAGGUCGUAGUCGGAGGGGGGGUCGGGGAAUGCCGACCGAUAAAUGUCGGUAAUGAUGUGUUUUGGUUUCAUUUACAUUUGGAAUUAUUGUGUAUUUGGGUUUCAUGUGUCUUAAAAUGCGACUUUGGGUGGAAAUUCUUUUAACCAUUUUCAUUAGAAUCAUUCUGACAUUUGCUCUACUAAUUUCUAACAUGUAUUGUUUCAUGGUACCUUUGUUUUUACAGUUUAUAAUCAAUCAAAGAUUCUUUGUGUUGCUGACCCCAAA